AUGGAGAGGUUGAUCAAGGGCGAUUCCGUAUCGACGAGGAGGAAGAGGAAGACAACGAGUAUGAUGGAGGAGAAGAAGAAACAGAAGAAGAAGCUCACAUCAUCGUCGUCACUUCCCUAUGAUUUGCUAGUGAUGAUCGUGGCACGCGUUCCAAGAUCGUACUAUCGGACUUUGUCACUAGUCUCCAAGAGCUUCCGAUCUAUGGUGGUUUCACCUGAGCUUUACAAGGUUAGGUCACUCUUGGGCCUCACGGAGACUUGUCUCUAUGUUUGCUUGAGGUUCGGGUUUAGUUGUUAUAAGUGGUACACCCUCUCCAAGAAGAGUAGUGGCGGCUACGUUUUGGCUAGAGUCUUAAUGCUCGAUGAUGAUUCUCCUCGUAUGUUGGGUUUGUAUUAUUCAGAUCUUGUGGCGGUUGGUUCUGAUAUCUACAACAUUGGCGUAGCAGAUAAAAAUAAAACCAUGCCCACCUCUGGGGUCUCGAUUCUUGAUUGCAAGACUCACAGGUGGCGUAAG